UAUUCAUGAGCCGGGCGCCAUGGCCGAGGCGGGGGACGGCGGCGGUUGGCUGGGACCGCUCCCCGGGCUGUGCCCCCCGCCGCGCCGCCGGGACCCCUUCGUGUGCCGCCGGGGGAAGGGGCUUCACCCCCGCCCCGUCGGCCCCCCCUCGGCAGGCCGCGGCGAUGAGGAGGAGGAGGAGGAGGAGGAGGAGGAGGAGGAAGAAGAAGAAGAGAGAGUGGGCUUGGCGGAAGCCUCCCUGCUGAACAAGCUGAUCCGCACGUCCCUGGUGGAGCCCAGCCAGCCCGUGGAGAUCCUGCAGCGGGACCCCAGCUCCCCGCUGUUCUCCGCCAAAACCUUCGAGGAGCUGCCCCUGAAAAAAGAGCUCUUGCAGGGGAUUUACAUCAUGGGCUUCAACAGACCCUCCAAAAUCCAGGGGACGGCUCUGCCCAUCAUGCUGGCGUACCCGCCCCAAAAUCUGAUUGCCCAGAGCCAGUCAGGGACAGGGAAAACGGCAGCUUUUGUCUUGGCGAUGCUGAGCAGAGUUAAUGGCACUGAGAAAUACCCACAGUGCCUCUGCCUGGCUCCCACCUUUGAGCUGGCCCUGCAGAUCGGACGCGUGAUCGAGACGAUCGGGAAGUUUUGCACUGACGUCCAGGUUACGUAUGCUGUCCGGGGGAGCAGAGUUCUGCAGGGUGGCAUGCUGCAGGAGCAGAUCGUCAUCGGGACUCCGGGGACGACGCUGGACUGGUGCUUCAAGCGCAGAGUCAUAGACGUGAAGAAGAUCAGCAUGUUCGUGCUGGAUGAAGCCGACAUCAUGAUCGACACUCAGGGCCUCUCCUAUCAAAGCAUGCGCAUCCAGAGGGCUUUACCCAAGGGCUGCCAGAUGCUGCUGUUCUCCGCCACCUUCCGGGAGAACGUGCGGGCGUUCGCUGUGCAAAUGAUCUCCAACCCCAUCGUGAUAAAGCUGCGCGAGGACGAGCUCACCCUGAGCAACAUCGGGCAGUACUUCUUCGUGUGCAGGAGCAGGGAGGAGAAGUACAGAGCCCUCUGCAACAUCUACGGCAGCAUCACCAUCGGCCAGGCUAUGAUCUUCUGCCAGACUCGGAGGAGCGCGCACUGGCUGGCGGUGGAGAUGAGCCAGGACGGGCACCAGGUAGCCAUCCUGACGGCGGAGCUGACGGUGGCCCAGCGGGCUGACGUCAUCCAGCGCUUCCGCGACGGGAAGGAGAAGGUCCUCAUCGCCACCAACGUCUGUGCCAGAGGGAUCGACGUGCAGCAGGUCACCAUCGUGGUGAACUUCAGCCUGCCCACCGCGUGGAAGAGCAAGCCGGAUUUCGAGACCUACCUCCACCGCAUCGGGCGAACGGGGCGCUUCGGGAAGAAGGGCAUCGCCUUCAGCAUGGUGGAGAGCCAGAGCGUGGGGCUCGUGCGGAUGAUCGAGGAGCAUUUCCCAGAAGCGUUGGACAGGUACGCUGAGCAGCUUGAAUAACCACGCAGCGGAGGAGUCCGACCACAAAUCAGCCGAAGGAGCCCGGUGUGGUGUUUCCAUGGGAUGAAAAAUCUGAGCGGCUGAGCUCCCAGCGACCUGAUUUUUCCUUUUGAACGCCGUGAUGUUGCGAUUCAAGGGGCCGGGAUCACAAACCUGCCCCGUCCCGCGUCGCUUAGUUUCUUUUUCUAUUGCUCGAAGGCCACGGACUGGAAAUACCCCACCGAGCGCUCGGGGGAGCUUCCGAGCCCACGCAUCUGCGCGCAGGCGCUACUAAACCCUGGCUCGUGGGGUGCCUGGGUUUGGUUUUCACCCUGCUCGUGGAAGCCCUGACCAUUUUCUGUCCUUUCCCUCAGAGACCAAGAUCAAGCAGCUGGACCCCGACGACAUGGACGAGCUCGAGAAGCUUGAAAACUGAGCGAGCAGUGGGGAUUUGCUCUCCCGGAUCAGAGUUUUAGUUCAAAACAGAAGGAAAAGUUACAGGAGAAGAAUCUCCCCGUUCUCUUAUCACUUCCUCAAGCUGUUCAGUUUUGUUACGACGUUUUAGAAGGCGAGGGGGGAACCCUCCGACCCGGUUUUAUUCCCGGUUUAUUUCUCUGAGGUUUUUAUAGCCAUGACUUCGCGGGGCUUGAGGAGUCCCCCGAGGGGCUUAACGCUCUGCAAAAAUGGGUCUAGGUGUGCUGGGAGGGGCCAGAAAACAAGUAAACUCCGGUAACCGGCCCAAAAACUCCACUUCUCGUCUCCAGGCAGCAGGGGCGGGUGGCAUUUCUGCCAGAAAAAUCUCAGAGAAAACUUUUCAAUAAAAAAAAAAAAAAACAUCAGGAGAAAGGAGCAAGUUAUUAAAAAAAAAAAAAAAACCAACAAAAAAACCCCAAACACAAUCCCCCCAGUCUCGCUAGAUGGCAGCAGGAAUCCGCCGCUGCCAUCCCCAAUCCCUGCAGGAGCCCAUCGAGCUUUUGGGGUGCUGGGGGGGCGGUUGGGGGGGUGGGACCCAGCCCGGGGGGGUGGUGUUUGUUCCCCGAGGGUUUAUCCCGGCACUAGCACCAAGCUAAUUUCUAACAAAAUGGGUUUAUUUAUAAUUCUGAGGGCAUUGUAGGCUCACGUGCCCUAUUAACAGCGUUAUUUUGGGUAAUGAGCAAUUCUCAUUAACGCAUCGUCGGGGGGGUGGGGGGUGGGGGGGGUGUUUGAGGUGGGGGGGACCACAGCCCCCGGGCCUCAUGCCGCACUGACACCAGCAGCCCUGGGACAGAAACUUGGUUUUAUUUCCCCUCCCCUUGCUUGUCAGCACCCUGAGCCCUUUUGUGGCCUCAGCGGAGCUCCCGCAUCCCCGCGGUGGGGUGUGAACGUCCUGCGUGUGUGUCCCCCCCCCCAAAACAAAAAAAAAAUCAAAGAUUUAGGGGUGGUUUUGUACAAAUACCUUAUUUCGAGGGGAAUUUCAGCUGUCAGGCUGUGUCCUGCCCCCUCCUGAGCUCGCCUGGCUCUGGCCAAAUCCCUCCCUCGGUGGCUGGGCUGCCAUACAGUGAGGUCCCGUGUUCCCCCCCUGUCACCUGCACCCCAAAAUCCUCCACGGGGGUGCUGCAGGCCCCCCCCCCUCCCCAGCCCCCUUGGCAUUGCAUUACAGUGUCGCCACCCCCCCCCCCCCAUGAAUGUUUGAUGGGCUGAGAGCGGGAGAUGAAAUAUCAAACCUGGCUUCCCCCGGCGCCCAAACCCCGUGUUUUCGAUAGAAGUGUGGGGGGGUGGCAGCUUAUUUUCCCCUCCUUUAGGCAAAAUAAAAUCAUGGGGGGGGAGGCGUGGGGUGGGGGGGGUAACGCUCAGGAGUAAAUUUUUCCCGCACGGGGAAGGGGGGGGGCGAUGCUGCCACUGCUGCACCGAGCGCGUCCAUCCUCAGCCCUGAGAUUGCAGGGGCCGCUGCAGCCAGCGGCGUUGGGUUCCCCCAGCCCCCCCCCCCCCCGCCCAGGCACGGGCAGGUUUAUCAAUAAUUAAGGGUUAAUCAGGGCUGGGCCUAAUUACCGGAGGGGUAACCGGAGAGGAGGUCAGAGGGGAGAGCACAGCCCUGCUUCAGCCCCUUGCUGGACAUGGCGCCAUGGAGCGCGCACCGCUGCCGCCUUGGAGGGGGCUCUGGAUCCUCUGCCUGCUGCCGGCGCUGGCGGGGGGUGAGCCAGCACCCCCCUUUACCCCCCCCCCCCCUUAAAAUUUCCAACCCCCCCCCCCCGGGGGUGUGGAGGGGC